AUGAAGGGCUGGCUUUAUGCCUCUGUCCUGGGCAUGUCCCUCUGGACAGCUCAUGCCCUGGAGGUCAAGAUGGAUCAAACCGACGAGAACAGACAAAGAUGCUCUGGCAUGUACAGUCGCACCGCUUGGGGCGGCCCAGUCGACCCCUACAUCAACGUCAUGUUUCUCCCGAAACAGGCUCCGGCAGACCAAGAUCCCACUGUGAGCUUGGUCAUAUUCGAGUGGAGAGACGAGGAACUCAUUGGCGUUCGCGAGACCCCCGAUUCAGAACAUAAAAUCGGCAUUUGCCAGGACCAAUUCGUCAAGAAGGGCUUCUGCAACGAGACAGACAUCGGAAAAUUCAUCAUCGAUCCCGAAGCCACUACGAAGUCGAAGAAUAUGAUUGAUACCAAGGCCAUCCGUUUGAAAGAGCCGCAAGCUACCAAGUACAUGAUUCGCAAGACGGGCUAUUACUGCGUUCUGACUGAUCGCUUCACUGCGGACGAAUACACCGCAGUUGUUGAGUUCCGCAAUGCGUACGGCGAGCUGCCCGCCACGCAGAUUCCCAAGCUGCCAUUCUAUGGAGGCAUAACAAUCCUUUACGCCUUGGUCGCCGUGUUCUGGGGUUUCCUCUACUAUCAACAUCGUCAUGACAUCUUGGCGGUCCAAAACUACAUCACAGCCAUUCUCAUGUUCUUGGUCGUUGAGAUGUUGAUGACUUGGGGAUUCUACGACUACCUUAACCGCAACGGCGCCAAUAUUGGGUCCAAGGUCUUGCUGGUCAUUGUGGCAAUUCUGAACGCUGCCCGCAACUCCUUCUCAUUCUUCCUGCUCCUUAUCGUCUGCAUGGGUUACGGAGUUGUCAAACCGACGCUCGGCCGCACCAUGAUCUGGGUGCGCUGGCUUGCCAUCGCUCACUUUGUCUUCGGGCUCGUGUACGCGAUCACCAGCUUAUUAAUCACUCCCGACGCAGCUGGUCCUUUCGUUCUUCUCAUCGUCCUUCCUCUAGCCGGGACUCUCACCGCCUUCUACGUCUGGACGCUGAACUCCCUCAACUUCACGCUCAAGGAUUUGCGGGAGCGCAAGCAGCAUGCCAAGGAAGCCAUGUACAAGAAGUUGUGGUGGUGCAUUCUGAUCAGCAUUUUUGUCAUCUUCGGGUUCUUCUUCUUCAACAGCUUCAGUUUUGCCUCGGUUAGCGACCCUGACUACGUGCCCUUCCACUGGAAGUCUCGGUGGUUCGUCCUCGACGGCUGGCUGAACCUCGUCUACUUCGCUGACGUAGCCUGGAUUGCCUACGUCUGGAGACCUACCGCCAACAACCGACGUUUCGCCAUGAGUGACGAGAUCGCGCAAGAUGACGAUGGAACAUUCACCAUGGCCGACAUUGGUGCACCUGAUGAUUCCGACGAAGACGAAGAGGCCCAUGUAGGCAAGGAGACCACAAACUCCCUACCAACAAGCCGCGGCGCCCAGUCCGGCGCACAGGCGAGCAGCAUGCCGCAACCGCAGCCGCAAAGACACGUUCCAAGGGAGUCUCUGGAUGGAGAGACCAUCUUUGCGGUGGGCGAAGACGGAGACAGGUUCUCGGAUGAUUCCGACGACGAGGACGCUAAGCUUGUAGGAUCCAGGAAAUAG